UUGGCUAGAGAGGUUCUGAUUGGCUGGGACGGAUUGGCGCCCCUCUGGAGGUGGCUUGUGAUUGGUUAAUGGAGAAGCGCUGGGUGGACAGAGUGUUUGAUUGGUUGCAAAUUCUUAGCGCGCCAACAGGCCGUAAGAAGUGUCUAAAACAGAAGCCGCAGGAACGCGAGCAGUAUGUGGAACAAUCACGGUGGAUUUGAUGGCGGCUAUGGUGGCUCUGGGAUGGGAGGCGGUGGAUAUAUGCAGUCACCUGGAGGAUUUGGAUCUCCAGCCCCUACUCAGGGCGAAAAGAAGUCUAGGUCAAGGGCUCAGCAGAUAGUGCCAUGUACUGUGUCACAGCUACUUUCUGCUGCCCAAAGUGAUGAGGUGUUCAGGAUUGGAGAAGUUGAGCUUUCUCAGGUGACAAUUGUUGGCAUAGUAAGGCACGCAGAAAAGGCUCCAACAAAUAUUUUAUAUAAAGUGGAUGACAUGACUGCUGCACCAAUGGAUAUUCGACAGUGGGUGGACACAGAUGAAGCAAGCCAUGAAAAUGUUGUGGUACCCCCUGGAAGUUAUGUGAAAGUGUCUGGUCAUCUUCGUUCAUUCCAGAACAAGAAAAGUGUUGUUGCUUUUAAGAUUGCACCUAUUGAAGACAUGAAUGAGUUUGUAUCUCACAUGUUGGAAGUUGUUCAGGCUCACAUGAGUCUCAAUGUCCAGAGUCCUUCUGGAGGUGGAGGAACUUCUACAGUGCUCAGUACACCUGGACGAGUGGUAAAUACUGGAGGAAGUUUCACAGGAGGAAAUGAUAUGCAGACAAAUGGACUGACGCCACACCAGAGUCAGAUUUUAAACCUAAUUAAAAGCUGCAAAGGAAAUGAAGGCAUGGGCUUCGAUGAACUGAAAGCAAGACUUCAUGGAAUGAACGUUAAUACAAUUAAACAAGCUUUGGAUUUCCUCAGCAAUGAAGGCCACAUUUAUUCAACAGUGGAUGACGACCAUUAUAAGUCAACAGAUGGUGAUUAAGAUGAUCAGGUUACAUAUGGAAUGAACAGAUAAAAGCAUCAAUAUUACAAUCUGGGGAUUCCCAAGCGCUCUGCUCUGAUGCAUCCCAUUUGUAAAGACUUUUUUGGAUUUCUUUUCAUAGAAAAAUGCCAUAAUUUUUCUAAAUGAGAAAAUAUUUACUGUUCAACUUUUGGACAGUGGUAAAUCACAAAAGAGAAAACUUGGCCUGUGAACGAAAAGAAAAUGCUUUAAAGAAAACCCUAAAGUCUAAAAAAUCUAAAGGGCUUCACUAGAAAUGUUUGUAAAUAGUGUUUCAAUGAUAAUAAAAAUCUUUCCAAAACAGUG